ACCACUCUAUAUACCCGUACAGAGAAUUUGCAACGAUGAAGGUUAUCAACUCACAAAAAAAAAUCACUAUCCCAGAAGGUGUCACCGCUGAAGUCAAAUCAAGAAGCGUUAAGAUUACCGGUCCAAGAGGUACCUUAUCAAAGAGCUUCAACCAUUUAUCAAUGGAUAUUAACUUAAUCAAAGAUAAAAACAUCAUUCAAUUAGAUGUCUGGUUCGGUAACAAAGCUCAAAUUGCCUGUAUCAAAACUGUUUCAAGCCACAUCGAAAACAUGAUCACUGGUGUCACUAAAGGUUUCGAAUACAAGAUGAGAUUCGUCUAUGCCCAUUUCCCAAUUAACGUUGCCGUUGUUGAUAGUGGUAGAACUGUUGAAAUCAGAAACUUCUUCGGUGAAAAAAUCGUUCGUCGUAUCGAAUUAUUAAAUGGUAUCACCUGUGUCCGUUCAGAAAAAGUUAAAGAUGAAAUUGUUUUAUCUGGUAACGAUCUCGAAUUAUUAUCACAAUCAUGUGCUACCAUUCAAUUAAGAUCUGCCAUCAAAUACAAGGAUGUCCGUAAAUUCCUUGAUGGUAUCUACGUCAGUGAACGUAACGUCAUUGAAACCAACUAAAUAAACUUUUUUUAUAAAAUAAUUGGUAUAAUUU